AUGUGGUUUACACAUCCUGAUUUUACGUCUGAUUAUUGGAGUGCUCUGGUUAUUGGUUCGCCUGAUUUUAUUUAUCCUUUCAAGCUGAAACGCUUAAAGGAAGCUAUUAAAUUAUGGAACCAAUCUGUUUUUGGUAAUGUUAAUAGUAGAUUGAAACAAGCUCAAUUGCAUAUGGAGGUGGCUUUGAGAAAUUCUGAUGAAGAUCCUUCGGAUAUAGAAAAAUUCAAUGUGGUGAAGGAUGCAACAGUAAAGGUUCAGGAUAUUCGGAUGCAGCAGAAUAUUAUGUUAACACAGAAAUCUCGCAAUAAAUGGUUGUUGGAGGGUUCUAGCAAUUUUUCUUUUUUCCAUAAUAGCGUACAGACUAGGAGGUGUCAUAAUACUAUUUCUAAGCUUGUUGCGGAGGAUGGUACUACUAUUACUGAGGCUGUUCAACUUAGGGAUCAUGUAGUUUCCUACUAUGAAGCUAAGUUUAAUGGUGAUGAUUUGCCAAUUGAGAAAGGGAUUUUUAAUUAUGAUCACCCAUCCAUUACUGCAGAGGAGUGUGUGUGUAUAGAUUUGGUGCCUUCUUAUGAAGAAAUCAAACAAGCUGUCUUUGAUUUGGAUGCGGAUAGUGCUCCUGGACCUGAUGUUACAGCACCUUAA